AUGGCUGGAAGAAAUGAUGUGUUGCUUGUCCAAUGCUCCACGUCAGUAAAUAUUCGAAAGAUGGCUGCAGAUUUGUGUGGAGCUUUUGUUGAAACUGAGAAGAAUUUGAUACAAACAAUGACGUGGAAAAUAAGUAAUAAAUAUUACGAUGCUGACGUAAAUUUGAUGACAACAACAGGGACGUGGAAAGAUUGCAUGCCUCGACAAGAGCUCGAGUGUGUGGAUGGUCUCGUUCUCGCAUUUGAUCCUAGAGAGAGAAAUUCGUUUGAUUUAGUAGUAAAGGAAUGGCUAACGUUUGUAAAGGAACACAAGCCAGCCAUUCUGCUGCUCGUCUGCAAUACCAGGCACGAUGUUUUAGAAUGGUGUAUUGAGCAUUCCUUCGAGCUUGUUGAGCUGGAUGUGGAAUCAGAAUUUGAUGAGGAUGAUGUUGACGAUGGGUUUAUGGAGAAACAGGGCAUAGCUAGAAUUAGUGAAGCAAUACAGACAAACACAUGGCCAGACACGAGAAAGAAAGCAUCUUCUCGAAAGCAAGCGGAAGCAACAACAACAGCGGCAGCAGUUAGUUUGGAAUCUGUGAGAAGUAUAAGCAAGCUGACGGUAGUGUGCCAGUGGAGAAUAGUCAGGGAAGGAUCGACGCUUUACUGCCAGAAGAUCUUGCACUACAUAAUGGUUUAG